AUGGCGCUAGGCGUCCGUCCCUCGCGCCAAGCCCUCUCCUCCCUCUACCAAGCUCUCGACUUUACCGACCACCUCCGACUCACGCAACCCGACCUUGGCUACACCACCACGCACUCCUCCUCCUCCGCCAACACAGCCGCCAAUCGGUACCGAGACAUUCUCGCCUACGACCACGCGCUCCUACCUCAGCCUUAUCUCAACGCCGCCUUCAUCCCUCCCUUUCCUUCUACAAGCCUCAGCUUCAUCGUCAGUCAAGCUCCUUUACCACAAACCUACACCGCCUUCUACACACAUGUGGUGCAGCAGCGCGUCAGGGUGCUGGUGAACCUCACUCCGCUAGUCGAAAAAGGAAGGGCAAAGUCGGAUCAGUACUGGCCUGACGAGGGUAAAGAGUCGUCGCUAGAAAACGGGUGGAAGGUGAAGAACGAAUCGGAAAAGACGAUCGAAUUGGAUCAGGGCAAAGCGACUCUGAUCCGACGAGUCAUCCACAUCAACGGCGGCAACGACAACCAACUCUCAGACCACGGAUGGAGCGUCAUGCAGUUUCACCUCACAAGCUGGCCAGAUCACGGCGUCUUCCCGACCACACUGGUGCUCCAGCUCAUGCACGAGACGCAGCAGGUGGCCACGACAAAGAUGUACCCACCUCCACCGACCUGGAUCCACUGUUCGGCGGGUGUGGGUAGGUCUGGUACGCUGGCAGCUGCGUACGUCGCACAGGCUGUCGUCGGUGGUGCCAAGCAGAAUCAGGACAUGCCGAGGGACUCGUUGAUGGGUAGGAACGCGAGCGCAGAGCUGUGGGAUCUGCCGGUCAGGAUAGUCGAGCAUCUCAGGAGGUACAGGGCGAGGAUGGUGCAGACGAUCGAGCAGUUUGAGGCUGUCUACGACAUCGUUGCUGAGCUAGGCAAGCAAGCUGGAUUGGUGGGAAAGUAG